AUGGCUUCUGCUGCCCGCUCAGAUGCAACAGCAUCUACAAGAGGCUUCAUGGAAUUAGACCAACUUUACAAGGGUUUCCUGCCCGGCAAAGCGACAGAAACACGUUACUCUGGCUCUGCAGUCUAUUUUGCAUACAAGUUGGGAGAAGUGGAAGACGAUGAGGAAAGCGAUGAGAAAGAAAAGAAAGAAGGAGAGGAAUGUACGAAAGAGGUGAAACGAAAGGAAAACGAAGGAGGGAAAGCCAAAGCAGACAAACUGGAAUGGGACUCCGACUGCCUACGUGCAGAAUACGACGGUGGAGAAGAAGAAAGUCGCAGAACAGAAAAGUGGGUCGCGUCACAUAGCCAGCGUCCGGAGACUGUCUCUGCUAACGUGGGAGGAAAAGGUACAUCAAGUCAUCUUUCUUUGAAAGGAUGCCUGAAGCAUGUGGAUCCGUCAAACAUUCCAACUGAAGGCACUUGGACCGAAGAGAGGUCGUCCCAAAACUAUUCGUCCAAUCUACUCAACAGCAAAGAUGAAAUACCUGGAAACUACUUCGAUUCGCAUCGGCCGAAGAAAGUUCAUUUCGGUAAGGCUGGUACCGACUCAGAUGAGGAACCUCAGGCGUUUCGAACCGGAAUUCGUCCUAAAGAAUUCCUCAGUAAACAGACAUACGGCCAGCCCAAACAACGCACGACCGCCCAACACGCAUCCGUCCGUCAUAUCCCGGCAACAUCGCUGUCCCGACCCAUGCCAGAAUUGACAACCACUAAUCUAAGCACGGAACCACCACGCCCUGCUCAAAAGAAGCUGCCUCGCUCGGAAACGACUAGAUGCCCCUCGCCAAGACCCCUUUUUCAGCGACCCAUCAAGACCGGUCCGGGCAGGACCAUAGAAGAAAUUCUCAGCGAACUAAAUGGAACUGCCUCUUCAGGACCACCAAGGCCUCCCAAGGGCUGUGUGGGUGGCCGUGAGGGUGGAGAACCCUGGUAUCGCCGUAAUCACGGGCGUCGUCCUCCUCACGUCUAUUUUGCAUACAAGUUGGGAGAAGUGGAAGACGAUGAGGAAAGCGAUGAGAAAGAAAAGAAAGAAGGAGAGGAAUGUACGAAAGAGGUGAAACGAAAGGAAAACGAAGGAGGGAAAGCCAAAGCAGACAAACUGGAAUGGGACUCCGACUGCCUACGUGCAGAAUACGACGGUGGAGAAGAAGAAAGUCGCAGAACAGAUGAGGAACCUCAGGUGUUUCGAACCGGAACGAGAGCCAUUAAUUUCCCGGCAGAGAUUGAGUCAGAAGAAAAAGAUGAAGGAAAAGAAGAUGAAGAAUUCGCCGACAGGCACCUACAUCGACCUCGCAGACGAUCGGCUCGGCUGCCUUGA